UGGGCUCUGUCCAGCCGCUUUGCCCUUCAUGUUGUCUGGUGCUUUAUUCCUUCCCAGACCCUGCUUUGGUAAAGAGUGUGUAUUUUAAAAUGCAUCACCAGUUUUAAAUCCUUAGCUGAAAAUUUAAACUCAGAUUGCCUCUUGGUAAGAUUACAUUUGGGCUCAGAUCUUGCCUCUAUUCUCCACAGCAGUAGAGAAACUUAAAGAGCAUAGAAUAGUUGGGGAAACUGAGGCAUGGAGUAGUGGGAUGACUGGCCUUUCAGCUGCUGGGCAGUACCAGGUGCCACACUGUGGAGUGGACCUAAAGUCAGGUGGACAGGAUGCAGCCUGAGCAUCCUCCUCCUCAGUUUGAUAAUCACACAGUCAGCCAUGGUCACUGGGCAGGACAAAGGUCCAGAGAGGUGGCCCCAUCACAGCCAGAUACUGUUGACUCUUCUUGGACACCAGACCUAGUAUGGCCUUUGGCUUCAGAGGACACAGCUUUCCCUUCUCCUUCCUAUCCCCACUCUCUGAGCCCCUCUGGGAGACCUGGUACGGUGCUGAGUACUUGGGACCCAGGAGAGUGUGCUGCCAAGAAGGGACACAGGCAUCUGCUGAGCCUUCGCAAGUCGCCCUUCAGAAGCCCAAAGAGCACGGGCUCAGAGUGCAAAUGGCCCUUUUCCUUCUCACCCCGUCUCUGACUCAAGGUAGGGAGCAGAGCCCAGGGUCUUGAGACUUUCAGGACCUCCCCUCUCUGGCCCCCUCUCCCCACGGCCUCAGCUGUUCAGACAAGAGCAUUCCUUGUCUUAUUCUUUUCCAGGAUCAUUCUGGAAAAUGUUUGAAACCAGAAGUGCCCUGGGUUGUGCAACGGGGCCUGGAGAGGGAGGGCUCUUUUGCAAAUAGGGUGAUGCAACUUUUGAAAACAUAUUCGCCGGCCCCAUUCUCCCUUGGGAUGGAAGCAGGAUCUGGACAUUUGGCCACAGGAGGCCUUGGGCAGGCAGCCGAGGGUGGGGGCCGCAAGGCACUGGUCAGCAUGCAGUCCUUCUAACCUGGCCUCCCUUGCUCCCUCUCUGCAGUCACCACAGGCUCGGCCAGGCCAGCAUGGUGGACCACUUGCUUCCAGUGGACGAGACCUUCUCGUCACCGAAAUGCCCAGUGGGUUACCUGGGAGAAAGGCUGGCCAGCCGGCAGCCAUACCACAUGUUGCCGUCGCCCAUCUCUGAGGAUGACAGCGAUGUCUCCAGCCCCUGCUCUUGUGCCAGCCCUGACUCACAAGCCUUCUGUUCCUGCUACAGUGCAGGUUCGGGCCCUGAGGCCCAGGGCAGUAUCUUGGAUUUCCUCCUGUCCCGGGCCACACUGGGCAGUGGUGGUGGCAGUGGAGGCGCUGGAGAUAGCAGUGGCCCUGUGACCUGGGGAUCAUGGAGGAGAGCCUCUGUGCCUGUGAAGGAAGAGCAUUUUUGCUUCCCUGAAUUUCUGUCAGGGGACCCUGAAGAUGUCUCCAGGCCAUUCCAGCCUACCCUGGAGGAGAUUGAAGAAUUCUUGGAAGAGAACAUGGAGGCUGAGGUCAAGGAGGCCCCAGAGAACGGCAGCAGGGACCUGGAGGCCUGUAGCCAGCUCUCAGCUGGGUCACACCGGAGCCACCUCCAUCCAGAGUCUGGUGGGAGAGAGCGCUGUACCCCACCACCAGGUGGAACCAGUGGGGGUGGUACCCAAGGUGCAGCUGAGGGGCCAGCACAUGAUGGCCCCAUGCCGGUGCUACUGCAGAUCCAGCCUGUGGCUGUGAAGCAGGAGGCAGGUACAGGGCCAGCCUCCCCAGGGCAGGCCCCAGAGAGCGUCAAGGUCGCCCAGCUUCUGGUCAACAUCCAGGGACAGACCUUUGCACUCCUGCCUCAAGUGGUACCAUCCUCCAACUUGAACCUGCCCUCAAAGUUUGUGCGAAUUGCGCCUGUGCCCAUUGCCGCCAAACCUAUUGGCUCAGGAUCCCUAGGGCCCGGCUCUGCUGGCCUCCUUGUGGGCCAGAAGUUCCCCAAGAACCCAGCAGCAGAACUUCUCAAAAUGCACAAAUGCACUUUCCCAGGAUGCAGCAAGAUGUACACCAAGAGCAGCCACCUCAAGGCCCACCUGCGCCGGCACACAGGCGAGAAGCCCUUUGCCUGCACCUGGCCGGGCUGCGGCUGGAGGUUUUCCCGCUCAGAUGAGUUGUCACGGCACCGGCGAUCUCACUCGGGUGUGAAGCCGUACCAGUGUCCCGUGUGCGAGAAGAAAUUCGCGCGGAGUGACCACCUCUCCAAACACAUCAAGGUGCAUCGCUUCCCACGAAGCAGCCGUGCAGUGCGCGCCAUCAACUGAGCACAGUGGCCUCCCUACCCUCCCCCAGCUCCACGUUUUGUUUUUAAAUGCAAUAACUUAUUGCCUCUUUCAGAAGGAUGUGACAGUAUUACCAGCCCCUCCUUCUGAAUCUUAGGAGGUAUGACCCAGAGCCAUCAUGGCUGCCUUUCUGGGGAGGACCUAGAAUCCCCAAGGUCCCUGGGGGCUGGUUCCCCGGUGGCCCAGGUGGCCCAGGCAGGCCUGUGCCCUUGUGCCUUUGUGCCUUCCUGCCAGCUGGAAGUAGUGUUUGGGGGGGCCCUUGCCCUUCUCCCGUUGGGCUCCCUACCUGGGCCAAAGCCAACAUUAUUGCUGGGGAAGAUUUUGGCUGUGUUGAAAUAGCUCCCAGAGGAAGCCAUGCUGGGAAAAAGGAAGUAGGUCAAAAGCGUAGGGCUGCACAGUGGUAUGAGGACUGCCAUAUGCAAGAGGCCUUUGAGUGUCCAGGAGAAUGGCCACCCUGGCUCUAGGCCGUAAUGCAUGUGCUUAAAUGCAAGACAAAUGGAGCCAUAUCCAUCCGUACUCAGCCUGGCUCCCCCUCCUCCAGACACCAGCCUCCUAGUUGCAGUGGGAGGAGAAGGGAACAGGUCUGGUGGAUGCAAAGCAACUAGCUAGCGCCUCCCAGUCUGACUUAGAUUUGCAUUCCUCAUCAGGUCUAGAAAUCAGUACCAAUUGAACUAGCUUGUUUUGACAGUUCUAUUUCACAUCCUAUGAAUGUAUGUAAAUAAACUGUACAUAGGUACGCAUCGACAUAAAAUAUCUUUUAAUAACACGUUGACAUUUGUGUAAAUUUGAAAUUUAAAAAAUUCUAUAAAGUUGGUGUACAUAUGUUACAAUUAUGUAUAUUUUCUUUGGUCCUUCAUAAAAAAAUAUAUUUACUUUGCCAAUAAAAAGAGAAAAAAAGAAC